AUGCCUGUUCAGGCGGCUUUGAACCAACCAUUUUCCAUGUUCAGCCGCGGUAGUUUUGGUUUAUCGUCACGCAGUCGCGAUAAGAAAACCGAAAACACCGACGAAGACUGGUAUAUCCCAUACAAUGGCCCGUACGAACCUCCUAAGGAACAGCCACGGAAGCAGAAGGCGAGGGAUAGCUGGGGGUUUCCGGUAGAUGAUUAUGAGGAUGACAGCAUGCUUGCUGAUAGAGAGCUCCACCUGCGGUAUGGAGGGCACAACGACUUCAACCCUCGCGGCAGCAGUGACCAGCCGGCAGAGGAGGAGAGGAAAGGGAGGAGCAGGGAUCGUACGCUGUCGGUCAUCUCAGGGCGUACCACCUCGUCUGGCGCGAUGGAUCCGAACCGGCCAAGUCUAACGCUACACCGACGGUCGACAGUGUCAGGAAAUCCGCCCCCUGUGCCAUCCUAUAUUAAUCUCGAUAGUAUGGGCGGCGUCGGUGAAUCCCCCGUGCCCCAUGUGCGACAGUCGAAAGACACGAACCGGAUCAGCAUCGCGAGUAUUUUCAGCUUCGGUGUCGCCGGCCGCAAGGUAGCACAAUCCCCCAGUCUCUCCGCCGUUGGGCGUAAAUCGUCGACACGGCUGCUAAAACCCACGUCAGAUGGACCCUAUGGCAUGGUAGAUUCCCCAACUCAUACACGGAGGGACAGUUCGUCGUCUGGCUCGCGACGGCCAUCUGAUGCUACCACCACGGGGAGGCCCAACCCUCAUCAAACAGACCAAACCAGUUUGAUUGUGACAGACGAAGAAGAUUAUUACAAUUCAUACUACGAAACACUUUUAAGACCCAAUGAAAGCACGGUGAACCACCCGUAUCAAUCGCGGUCGCCGAGCUCAUCAGGCGCCUCAAAUAGCUCUCCGAGAACACAGACCAAUUCGAUAUCACGGCAAAAUUCCAAUUCUUCAACUUCUGCUCAUCCUUAUGCUUACGCCUUCCCUCGAACAGAGGCACCCGAACCCCGCACGGCGCCCCUGACUCCUGCUCCACGCCUGAUGCCCGCCCAAGGUUUACCCAAUCCUCCUCGGCUGACUUUUACGACACCACAACCUCAUGCUGGUCCAAGCAACUCUAACGGCGUACAUUCCACUCUCCCCCCGCCUUCAGGAGCCGCCAGUAAAUCGCUCAAGAACUCAACCUCCACCCCCGAUUUCCGCACGCAGACACUCGUAUUUGGCAAGACGACGACGAUACCCAACAAAAAUGGGCCAAACUCGCCAACGUACCAGUUGAGGAGGGGCAUGGACAGGUGGUUGUCUGCAGAGACAUGGUGCGACGCCCUACUGUUUCCGCGCCCCCGACUACGCAUCAAACAGGAGCCGAUAGAAGGACCGAUCAAGGCCAAGGAAAGCAGUGGACGGAUCGUGAGCCCCCCACUAACGCCGACAGAGGAGGAGGAGGAGUUUGGGUCUCAGCAGCUGCAGCCAAAGCGUGAGCCCGGAUUUGCGUCGCGUGUGCUCGCGCACUCGCGCUCGAUGGUGGACCUACACAAAGGGAAACGGAAACCCGAAGAUGUGCAGCAUGCAAAUCCGUCCAAGGGCCCGCAAGGUUCGCGUACGGGAGGUGCACAGGCGUCGUCCAGCGGCGGCCGACCCCCAAGGCCCAAGAGCUUCGCGAUGGAUGAUUUGGCACUUCUGCCUACCCCGGUUAUGUCGUUGGCACACGUUCUGCGUGAAGGAGAGCUAUUGGAGACAGAAAGGCGUGAGUGGCAGCGGCAGGCUAAACAUUCCUUUGGAAACAAACGAGCGCGGAGUAUGUCGCGGACGAGAACCAAAUCGUUGACUCAGAAGGGCAGACAGGGAAAACAUUCGCAUCAGUCUAGCAUGGAAUACAUCGCAGCUCGUGCGUGUUUGGGUACUCAAGACCUUACUCCUGUCAUCGCGCCGGCUCAGUUCACUACGAGCUUCACUGAAAGCAAUGCUACAACAUCACUGUCAGCCAAAACGCAUUCCCAUACCAACUCCUUAGUCAAAACCUUGACGAAAUCAUCGAAGGCUCAUUCACGCACUCACUCCCGUAAUGAUUCCUGGGGCAAAUCAGCGAUGAAAGUGGCCAAAUCUACCGUCCUUUGCGGCCAUGACACUGCUUCGUCACUGAACGUACCUAAUGCCGACGCAAAAGGAUCGGAGCUCGAGGGGGCACUGGCAAGGAACGAGACCAAAGUGAUUCGUCUCGCAGAUCCAGCUAUGUUGCCUGUGGAUCGUGGCCAGCCUGGACAGUCCUAUCAAAACUUGACGGUUCGCAACUCCCCUUCGCCUGCUAACUCUGGCAUCUCUGAUUCCAAGGUGGGCAUCGCACUCGGCACGCCUCCGGAAGAAGAGAACGAGUACAUGCCCAACCAUCCAUACGCUCAAGGCGGUUUGUCGUUUAGUCAUGGCACUAGUGCUUCUGCGGACCAUCCUCCUCGUCAUACUGACUUCGCUGGGCCACAUCCAUCUAUCAACAUGGGUAUGAAGGUUCCGGCUAUAUCUGACAUCAUAGCCAGGCACAAACUACCUCCAUAUAUGGUUCUUCAUCCGUACGCUCAGACUCAAAGGGACAGCUACCUCGAUGCAAAUGGUCUCGUUGGACAAUUUAGGUCUGAAGAUAGUACCCCUCACGGAUCGAAAAUGUGGGCUCAGUUGUCGCCGGGCGUUGUUCGUGAAAUUCUUCCUCAUGACCUACAGUAUUCGCCCUUUUCGCCAAACCACGGAAGCCGGUUGCCUCACACACCUGAUCGGUCUACAUUGAACAUUAACGAUACUGUUGGAGUCGGCGAAACUCUAGUCAAUGCAGCGCGGUUCCGUGCGGACAACGAUAAAGGAACACUCGCCAGUGGCAAAAGUCUCAACCUUUCGCCAAAAGGACAAGACCAAUUGCCAACGUUGCAUUUACAAUCCUCGCAGCCUUCUUGGGAACAUGAAGAGGAAGACGAUCAGCUGGCCGAACUCAACCCCAUCAGUCGUCGCAACGGUGUGCUGUAUGGCUCCUCACAACACGGAGACGAGGAAGAUAUACAGAUCCUGCGUGUCCCUUCAUUCGAGCGCACUCAAUCGGCUUCUUCUGGCAACACUUCGACUACUUCCUCUCCUCGCACUUUGCCUCAGCCUCUAGGCAGUCCCAAUGACCUGGACAACUUCCAAGACCUUUUCUACAGACCAACUGGUCCUGGUGUCGGUCGCACACCUAACGAAGCUGCUCUGCCAGAAACACCUUCUCCACCUAAUCGCGGGUCGACACCCUGGGAGAACAUGCCCAAUCGUCGCACCGGCAGCAGUCUGACUAGCCUGGCUCGCAAAUUAAGUGAAGAGUUUGAGAUGCUGUCUCAUGAACGUGAACGAUCAUCGAAUAGCCAGUACUCCCAAUCACCGCCAUCGUCACAACGGCCCAGCCGCAUGAACAGACAUCCAACAGAAGGAAGCUUGCAGUUCGUGUUCGAAGAAAUGGGUGUAUCUGGAUCUCCGCCCAACGACAGCAACGAUCCUAUACUUGCCUUCCAUGCAUCUGGGGUGCUGCCUGAAGAUGUUCAAGCUGAUUCUCGAGCCUCAUCGUUUAUCCAGGGCACUGACGAGGACGACGAUCAGACUGCAAGAUUCCGGAUGGGCGUCGUUGAAUCAGUCUCAACCCCUCCCGCUGUCUCGGCCCAUCACGUUUCGUUUGAUGGUCAGAUGGCAUACGUUCAUGACAACCAACUUCAGCGGCAAGAUAUCGACACGGCAAACUCCUCUGGACGUAUACUUUCCUCCCUCAUGCCGCCAACCGAAGCUACUCGAAGUAGCUACAUGACUACAUCAACCCUUUCCAGAAUGUCAGGCCUGUCCGACUUCCCUGCGCCGCCCAAAGACGAAUACAUCACUCCCAAGCAUAUGUCUAUCCUCAGCUCCUACUUUGACGAGGCUUUGACGCAGAGCGAGUCUCGCUUGGAACCUCUCCCGCCUCCGCCCAUGUUGCUCCAGGAAGAACGCGUGACGUUCGGUGGUAAUCAAGAUGCUAAAACUGUCGCUCAAACUCUUUCAUCCAGCACCUCCUGA